GGCCAAGCCGAUCGCUGAGCGGGAGCGGGCGGCCGUGCUCCCGGCCGUCCCGGGGGAGCAGAUCCUCCUCAGAAUGGCGCUUGGAGCUGCAGGCGAGGUGGGCUCUGGGCCCGCACCCCGAGGGGGCACCGGAUGAGUGCCCUGCUGCAGCACCCUGCCACCCAUGACUCCAGGCCUUCAGCACCCACCCACCGUGGUACAGCGCCCCGGGAUGCCGUCUGGAGCCCGGAUGCCCCACCAGGGGGCGCCCAUGGGCCCCCCGGGCUCCCCAUACAUGGGCAGCCCCGCCGUGCGACCCGGCCUGGCCCCCGCGGGCAUGGAGCCCGCCCGCAAGCGAGCAGCGCCUCCACCCGGCCAGAGCCAGGCCCAGAGCCAGGGCCAGCCAGUGCCCACCGCCCCCGCGCGGAGCCGCAGUGCCAAGAGGAGGAAGAUGGCUGACAAAAUCCUCCCUCAAAGGAUCCGGGAGCUGGUCCCUGAAUCCCAGGCUUACAUGGACCUCCUGGCAUUUGAGAGGAAACUGGAUCAAACCAUCAUGCGGAAGCGGGUGGACAUCCAGGAGGCUCUGAAGAGGCCGAUGAAGCAAAAGCGGAAGCUGCGUCUCUAUAUCUCCAAUACGUUUAACCCUGCGAAGCCCGAUGCUGAGGAUUCUGACGGCAGCAUCGCCUCCUGGGAGCUGCGGGUGGAGGGGAAACUCCUGGAUGACCCCAGCAAGCAGAAGCGAAAGUUCUCUUCCUUCUUCAAGAGUUUGGUCAUUGAACUAGACAAAGACCUUUAUGGCCCUGACAACCACCUAGUUGAGUGGCACCGAACGCCCACCACCCAGGAGACGGAUGGGUUCCAGGUGAAGAGGCCGGGGGACCUGAGUGUGCGCUGCACGCUGCUCCUCAUGCUGGACUACCAGCCUCCCCAGUUCAAACUGGAUCCCCGCCUGGCCCGACUGCUGGGCUUGCACACGCAGAGCCGCUCAGCCAUCGUCCAGGCCCUGUGGCAGUAUGUGAAGACCAACAGGCUGCAGGACUCCCACGACAAGGAAUACAUCAAUGGGGACAAGUAUUUCCAGCAGAUUUUUGAUUGUCCCCGGCUGAAGUUUUCUGAGAUUCCCCAACGCCUCACAGCCCUGCUGUUGCCCCCUGACCCAAUUGUCAUCAAUCACGUCAUCAGCGUGGACCCGUCGGACCAGAAGAAGACGGCGUGCUAUGACAUUGAUGUGGAGGUGGAGGAGCCACUGAAGGGGCAGAUGAGCAGUUUCCUCCUGUCCACGGCCAACCAGCAGGAGAUCAGCGCUCUGGACAGUAAGAUCCAUGAGACGAUUGAGUCCAUAAACCAGCUCAAGAUCCAGAGGGACUUCAUGCUAAGCUUCUCCAGAGACCCCAAAGGCUACAUCCAAGACCUGCUCUGCUCCCAGAGCCGGGACCUCAAGGUGAUGACAGAUGUGGCAGGCAACCCUGAGGAGGAGCGCCGGGCUGAGUUCUACCACCAGCCCUGGUCUCAGGAAGCGGUCAGCCGCUACUUCUACUGCAAGAUCCAGCAGCGCAGGCAGGAGCUGGAGCAGUCGCUGGUGGUGCGCAACACCUAGGAGCCCUCCAAAUGAGCACUGCGGGCCAGGGCCGCCUGACCCAGGCUCUGCCAGCACCCCUCUGCCCACCUAUGGGAGGUGGGGAACUGGAUUAAAGGUCAUUCAUCUGCUA